AUGCGGGAUAACAGUGCUGUGGGCAGAGCAGUUUUAGGCAAAGCAAUCAGGUCUUUUUCCGUGCUUGAUGUGCGAUCAGCCCCGGUGCUGUGGUGUGGUCGGGGGGUCCUGACCCGGGGUGAGCGGCUUGGAGAAGUCCCUGCCCAAGGAAACAGUGCCGGGCAUCACCUGCCGGGCAGGCUUUGGGGUGAAGGACCACCGGCCGCAGCACCUCACGGGAGAGGCGUUCGGCCACCAGAUGCCACCAAGGUGGAAGAGGAGACUUCGGGGACGAGGGAAGCGCCCCCAGUUCCCGCACAGCGACGGGACACGCGUCCCCCGCUCCGUGCCACGCUCUCAGCCCGCUCCGGGCUGUCGCCGCUUCUGCCGUGCGGUGCCGGGGAAGGCGGGUACAUCCCGGGGGCUCAGCUCCCAUUCUCCCGCUCCCCGCUUCCCACGGCCCGACGGGGACGGCCGGGCAGGGCGGUACCGGCGGGGCGGUGCCGGUGCCCAGGGCGGGCCCCGGGGCUGGGCGAGGCGGAGCCCGGCAGGCAGCGAGACCGGUCCCAUGGGAGCCCGGCGGGCCGGUGGACGCCCAUGGCUUUCAGCCCGGGGCUGCUGGUGGUGGCCGGUUCCUUCGCCGCUUUCCGCCUGCUGAACCGGGGGCUGGAGCGGCUGGUGCCGCCGCCGCCCUCGGCCCGGCGCAACCGCUGGAAGUGGCGCAACAUCUGGACAUCGCUGGCGCACAGCGUGCUCAGCGGCGGCGGGGCGCUGGCCGGGUUCUACCUCCACCCCGAGAUGUCCAACGACCUGGUGGGCACACACCCGCCCGGGGCGCACAGCCUGGUGGCCGUGUCUGUAGGCUAUUUCAUUGAAGACUUUGUGGACAUGUUGUGCAAUCAGAAACUUCAUCAGUCCUGGGAGCUGCUCUUUCAUCACUCUGUGGUGAUCAUCUGCUUUGGAAUUGCCGUGCUGCUCCACCAGUACGUCGGCUUUGCCCUCGUGGCUUUACUGGUGGAGAUCAACUCCAUCUUCCUGCACCUGCGGCAGAUCCUGCUCAUGGCCAACCUGGUGCACACCACCUGCUACCGCCUCAACAGCCUCGUCAACCUGGGCACCUACGUGGUGUUCCGCAUCGCCACGCUGGCCUGGAUGGCCCGCUGGCUCUUCCUCAAUCGCCAGAACGUGCCCCCGGCCACCUACGCCGUGGGCACGGUGGGCAUGGCAAUCAUGACGCCCAUGAACAUCAUCCUCUUCUACCGCCUGCUGCGGAGCGACUUCCUCAAACCCAGGCGGGAGAAGGAGGAGCGGCGGGAGGAGGAGGAGCGGCGGGAGAAGGAGGAAUAGCUCCUCCCCUGCGACGGGGGCAGCUCCAAGCCCGUGGAGCACCGGAGGGUGAACGUGGCUCUUUCGGUACCUUGAAAGGAGGGGCUGCACUAACGGAGCAUCCAGGCUUUGCUUGUGGCUCAAGAUCCUGGGCCCUGCACAGCAGAGAGGUGCUCGUGGACCAGGCACUGUGGCUCUGCUCCCCAAACACUUUUGGAUGAUGUGGUUGGACAGCUGGGAGGUGCUGAGAGAAGCCUCGACAGCUCUCACAGCUCCCCGAGGCGCCACUGAGAUGAGAAGGGGGCAGGGCAGCACUGUUUCCCCACUGCUCUUCCAGACAUCCCGACACCACAGGGUGUUUCCAGCCCCUGUGCUGCUGCAGCCCCCAGGGUCCCAUCAGCCACGGGACACCGAGUGCUCUGUGGCAUCUCUGUAGAACACCACCAGCAAGACAGGCUCCAAGGCUUUGCCUUCCAGGAGAUGUCAGUGAAAACCAAAGCCUGCACUGAUGAGCCUCCCCGAGAUUGUCCAGGCUGAGACCUGGCUGGGUGGGCACUGUGGGGUGCAGGUCGGGGGCAGCCCCAACCUCUCCUGACAACUGGAGCUUUUUCCACGUUGUUUUCUCCCAGAAUAAUUUAAGUGCCCAUAAAUGAGCGUGGGAGAGCGUGAGUGGCUGGCGAGAGGAUGCUGUGUGAUGGUCACUUCCCACAGAUGAGGGGUUUUCAGGCACUUUUUAGGAUUCAGGAAUCUGUUAGGAAUGCCAGGUGGUGCUGCAGAGCCCGGGGUAACGCUCUCACCCGGCAGCAAAGGCUCUUACUAACACGAGCUUUUAAUAAAUGGCUGCAAAUGAAGUGGCUUGAGGGGAAAGGACUGAGAGGGGACAAAAGGACUCAGCAUGCCAGCCCAGUCUGGGGGUGUCACUGCUGGGCACAGUCCUUACCCCAUGUCUCCCUGCCAUGGAGUGAAAAUACACUGUGCACUGGCACACUCUACCUCUCUUGUUGGGGUUUUUUGUCCCACCCCUGUC